AACAGUGUGUGUACUAAUGUCUGUGUUUGUGUAUUUCAAAGUUGUUAUUUGACAUUUUUAUUUGAAUAAAAGUAAUAUAAAGUGAAAGAAAAUGCCGAAAGUAGUUUCAAGGAGCAUAAUAUGUUCUGAUACAAAAGAUCAAGAAGAAUAUGGCGAAGAAAAACCAUUACAUAUUUAUUAUUGUUUAUGUGGUCAAAUGACAUUAAUUUUAGAUUGCGCUAUUGAAAAACUACCAUUAAGAAAAAGAGAUGGUGCAAGGGUUAUUGAUGGCAGUAAACAUGCACAUAAAAUGACCUGCGAACAAGAUGAAGUCGUUUACCUUAAGCGUUCAGAAGGAAUAGAAAAACAGUAUCGACAAAAAUGUAAAAAAUGUGGUCUAUUCUUGUAUUACAAACAUGAUCUAAAUGUGAACAUAGUGUUUAUCGUAAAGGGUGCUGUGAUAAAAAGUUCUGGAGAAGGUCCAAUGACCGACAUAUAUAAUCAAGUAGCAAUUGAAAAACCUAAGAAGAUAAUGGUUACCAAACAUACUAAAAAUAUGGGUAAAUUCAGUUCAGUAACCGUAUCAACGAUAGACGAAGAAGAAGAUGAGAUCGAAGCUAGAGAAGUUGCUGACUCGUAUGCAAAUAAUGCAAGAAUCAUAGAAAAACAAUUAGAAAGAAAAGGUAUGAAUAAAAGAAAAACAAUACCACCGACGGAAACAAAUAUUAAACGGACGAGACCGAGAGGGACUUUAUUAGAUGUAUAGUUUUCCAACAAUUUGUCCAUAUCGCAGUAAUUUAAUUGAAUCGUUAUAAUAAUAUUUUUCUCUAUUUAUGUAUUUAUGUCUAUUAUGUUAUACUCUUAAAUUAAGGUAUAUAUAUAU